GCCGCCCGGCCAGCCACCCCCGCGCUCGCUGGGGAAGACGCCGCCCCCCUUGCCGCUCUAGGGGGCGCGUGUGCGCUCUGUGCGCACCCAGGCGGCUGAGGGGAGGGCUUCCCUAGAGGAGGCGUCGGCGCUGCCUCGGAAGGGCGGCUUGGUUAGGUGCGCGCAGGAGCGAGAGGCCGUCGUUGGCAGGAGAGCCCCACCGUCUCUGGAAAGCAUGUCGGCGCCCUGUUGCGCGGGGCAGUUGGCCUGUUGCUGUGGUACUGCUGCAUGUUCCCUCUGCUGUAAAUGCUGCCCAAAGAUAAAACAGUCAACCAGCACCCGUUUUAUGUAUGCCCUGUACUUCAUCCUGGUAACGCUCGUCUGCUGUGUCAUGAUGUCAGAAACAGUAGCAAAAGAAAUGAAAGCGCAUAUUAACUUUUAUGAAACAAUAUGCCAACAUAUACAGGCUGGUGACACUUGUGAGAAACUGGUGGGCUACUCUGCAGUGUAUCGAGUAUGUUUCGGAAUGGCCUGCUUCUUCUUCAUCUUCUUCUUGCUCACAAUCAAAAUUAACAAUAGCAAAAGCUGCCGUGCGUACAUCCACAAUGGAUUUUGGUUCAUUAAACUUCUAGUCUUGGCAGCCAUGUGUUCAGGAGCCUUUUUCAUUCCAGACCAGGAUACCUUUCUUAAUGCCUGGCGCUAUGUCGGUGCUGCUGGAGGGUUCCUCUUCAUCCUUAUCCAGCUUAUCCUGCUUGUAGAAUUUGCUCACAAAUGGAACAAAAACUGGACUUCUGGCACAAAGCACAAUAAGCUCUGGUAUGGCUCCCUAGCUCUUGUCACUCUCGUAUUGUAUUCUGUCGCUGUUGGAGCGCUGAUUGUGAUGGCUGUCUUUUACACACGCAUGAACGGCUGUAAUUUUAAUAAGAUUCUGCUUGGUGUCAAUGGUGGCCUCUGCCUGCUUAUUUCCAUGGUAGCCAUCUCACCCUGCGUCCAAAACCGUCAGCCACAUUCUGGUUUGUUGCAGUCAAGUGUUAUCAGCUGCUAUGUCAUGUAUCUCACCUUUUCUGCACUCUCAAGCAAACCGCCAGAAACAAUCCUAGAUGAGAAUCAGAAUAACAUCACAAUCUGUGUACCUGAAUUUAACCAUGGGCUGCAGACUGAUGAAAACCUGGUGACUGGGUUGGGAACUGCUCUCCUAUUCUGCUGCAUUUUAUAUUCUUGCUUGACCUCAACAACACGUGCAAGUUCUGAAGCACUGCGAGGAAUAUAUGCAACGCCGGAAACUGAAGUAGCACGCUGCUGCUUCUGCUGUUCUCCAGAUGAAGACACAGCUGAUGUUGAUGACCGUGUAGUCAAAAGGGGUGGCCAAAGAGUCAUCUAUGAUGAAAAGAAGGGCACUGUGUACAGCUAUGCCUAUUUCCACUUUGUUUUCUUCCUUGCUUCCCUCUAUGUGAUGAUGACUGUUACCCACUGGUUCCAUUAUGAAAGUGCUGCAAUUGAGAAAUUCUUUGCUGGAACAUGGUCCAUAUUCUGGAUUAAGAUGGCUUCAUGUUGGGUGUGUGUCCUUCUCUACCUAUGGACUCUUCUAGCACCUCUCUGCUGCCCUACCAGAGAAUUCUCAGUGUGAAAUUUCGUCUUACUACGGUUUUGGAAACACAAAAAUAAAUCUACUAGCUACCCUACACUACUGAAGGGUAUUGUUUUAUCUCAGAUGAAACUGCACAUCUUGAGACUGGAUUUUAAAACUUUUCUUUAUGGUAUCUAAAAUUUUGAAGUAGUACAUUUAGUCAAAAGCAACACUAUAGCCUGGAACAGAACGUAUGAAUAUGGUUACCCAUCCUGGAAUAAGCAAAAGCUUUUAAAUUAUGGAGUGUCCAUUGUGCAAAUAUUUGGAGUCCCUCCUGUGUGUGAUGCAGAAUGUCUCUUCACACACAGGCUUCUGAAUGCUCUUGUAGCGACUGAUUUUCUCACAAAUGAAAAACAUAUUUGUAGAUAGAAUUAGAAAGUAGAAUAACUUGAUAGGGAUAUUGUUGGUGCAGGCAGAAACAGCAUCAGCUCAAGGGUUUUCGUUUUCUGUUUUAGAUACUCAUAGUAAAUUAUUGGAAAUCUGGAUUGUGAAAGAAAAGGAUUUAUGGUUAGAGAAAUAUUUAAUUUAUGAUAUUAACGAAAGGCACCUUUAUAAAUCACUGGGUGAUGGGAUGUGGAAUUUAAGAUGCUAGACACUGUAAACGUUGGUGCAAUUAAGGAACAAUUACUGUGGGCUGCUCUGAGAGGAAAUGCAUCUAGUGGAGUAAUAAUAAUGGGACCAGCAAACAGCAAAAUAAGAGUUUUUCCUCAUGUAAUCUGAGCUACCCUAACAUGCCUGAGGAAUUUAAAGUGCAAUUAUGAAUAGAGAUUAUAGCAAGAGCAUUUUUCAGUCGUAAUGUUUCAGGUCUUCAAAACUGUCAGAAAUUAUGAGGUUGCCUUUCUAGCUCCUUGUUAGGCAUUUACUUGGGAGAGUAUGCCGUUGGUGCUCUCCGUCUGGAGAAAUCCAUCGUUUGGGUCAGAGCUAACUUCUUAAAAGAAUUUGUUUCAUUUUAAUCUCAGAGAAGAAAUGUAUAAAUUUGGGCUCACAUAAAGCCACUGUAAUUAAUGGUCCAUAUGUAAGCAUGUGUCAGCUUUAAUAUUACUUGUUAACUAGGUGGAUGACUCGCAACUUCAUUUUAAAGCUAACAAAUUAAACAUCUGGCAGUCAUUUAUAUAACAUUCUGCCAAUAGGGUUGCUGCUGUAUGUAGGCUACCCUAUUCCAGUCACUGUGUAAGGAUCAGAGUAUGGUAAUAUGGCACAGGCAUGUUCUACCAUUACUACCAAUGUAUCUUCCCUUUUAACAAGUGACUUUGAAAGUUAGAAAGGUGCACUGGUAGUAUUGGUGCAGCCUGCUUAUGCAGUGGCACCAUUAAUUAUUAGGAAUGGCAGCCAUUUACUGUAUAAAUUAAAGCAGAAGCUGCAAUUAGUAUUUCCUUAAUAAUUAGGAAUUGCAGCUAUCUGCUGCUGAAAGAGAAGUGAGUGCACACUUUCAAGGGAAUUAAGAGUUCUUGCCCACCCACGAGCAGAAGGCUUGAACCCAAUAGAAGUCCCUGCUAUUCCUGUUUCAUGUUCUUUUGUUCUGUUUAUUUUCCUUGUGAUUUUUCCAUAAUAACUUUUUCAGGACUAGGUGAAGUUGAUGGAACUAGAAGCAGUACAUGUACAGGACAUAGUUUGGAGCAUUCCAAAGAAGAAAGCAGCAGUGCUGCCUAAGAAGCUUACCAUUAAGAAUUGGAUAAUUUAGGCAAUCAGGGUAUUAGGGAAGCCCAGUUCUCUGAGCUCAGAGCUGGUGACGCUCAGUUUCUUAUCAGAUCAGCGUAACAAAAUUUAGCAGGUGUGCUUUUAAAAGCGUGGGGGGUAGUUUGCAUGAAAGUGUUUGGGACUGGUAUGCUUCUGUUAUUGUAUUAAAUAAUAUAUACUGACCCAAGUUGAGUCCAUUCUAAUUAAUGCUACCUUAAUUCAGUGUUGUUGUGGGUGCUGAGCCUACUGUUUUCCUGUGAAUCUUAGCUGUCCUUUAGUGUCUUGAUAUUAAAUAUAUUUGAAAAUUGAUGUAGGUUUUCCAUUCUCUGAAAUUCAACCUCUCCUGUAGAUAUACAUGAUAAAAAAAUCCAGAUCUAUAAGGCUUAUUGGAUAUUUUGCAUAGUCGUACCUUGCCUUUUGAGCCUGUUUCACAAAGGGAACUGGACUGAGCUCAGGAAGAGGAAGUGGUGCUACUGUCUAAAAGUGACCUUCUUUAAUAAUUUCCAGUUCUUGCUCAAAUGUUGAGUCUAGCCUCUAUUCUAAUGCUUGGAGAAGAUUGAUUGUUAGUGUAAGAGAUAACAACUGCAAAAGACAAAGUGAGGUUUGUAAUAUGUUGGUGCUCAAUCAUGACCCUGCCAAAGGGAAUCCCAGGGGCUAGGCCAAGAAUUUACUCCCUUUCUUACACUACUGACUCCCUUUUCUAAAGUAGGAAAGAAUCUUUGUACUUUAUAAUCUGAAGGACAGAAUUCUGCAAAAACAUGUAAGGCAUGUGUAUCUAGAGCACUCAGUGCCACAUGGGGUUCUAACAUUUUAUUGGCAUGUUGAUACGUGGCUUUUCACAGCCUUUAAGUCUUACUUUACUGAUAAUGUGGCACACACUUCUGCAUUAUCAAGAAAACACAUCUCGAUUUUUUUAAACUUUCUAUUAAAAAUGGCGUUUCCACUAUAAAGUAUAAUUUCAAUGUCUUAUCUGCUGUAAUGCACAAGGCAUUUAAAAUCUGUACUUGUGAAAGAUUUCCACUAUUUAAACUCCUACUUAAAAAAAAAAAAUUAAAGUUUGGGAUACAGCAGCUCUGAACAUGUUUUGCCAAAGAAUUUUCCUCCAGAAAAGUAGAAUAUUGUGCUGAGGUAGAAGAAAAUAUAUACAAUAUUGCACAUGCCUUAAUUUUAUUUUGCUUUUCAUAAUGCAAACUUCUAAAUGUUUCUUGGCAGUGUUUGAGACCUUUAUGUCAAGAAAUGUUAGAAGCACAAUCCACUAGGAAGUUCUCCUGCAUAAUCUCUGUUGAAAUGAAUGGAUUCGCUGCCAUUCCCCUUCCAAUCAUUCAUUGAUGAAUAGAACUCCUCAUUGAUUAUAGCCAUAGCGUUGGAUCCAUUGACUUUUAUCUACUAUGUGAAGAGUUACAGUCUGUCUUGCUCUUUAUAAAAUUUAUUAAGUUGGAGCGGCAUUAUAAUUGGAGGCAUAAUUCAAAUAUAGUUCCUUCCCCUCUGGAUUCUUUCCCCAAUAAAAUUCUCUUUUCUCCUCUUUAUCAAGAUAUCCAGGUUACCUUGGUUCUCAGCAUUGUAGCAUCGAGCAAGUAACCAUAAUAUAAACUUGUUUUUUCAUUUCACUAAAAGAAUUCACAACAAGACUUGAAAUUCAGAAAGUGUGACUCUGUCCACAAGGCUAAAAGAAGGUUGUCAUUAUCACAUGCCACAUGUCUAGGAAGGUGGGCAGUCAUAUUUCUGAGAUGGCUCACUGAGUAGGAGGAAGUGAUUGGGUCCAAUCCAUAGUAGCUUGUAAAACAAUGCCUUCUUCCUUCCAAUGUAGUACCAGUUGAUAUUAUUUUAACUUCAUACAUUAUAUAAGAGUUCCUACUUAUUUAUGGUGUUCUUUCGUGUAAGUUUUCACAACCAAAUACUUACUUGUAUAUCCUCCGUAAAGUUUUUUUAAUGUUUUUUUAAAAAAAAAAUCUUUUGAUACAACUGUAGCAUUUAAAAAAAAAAUAGUGUGGGGGGCGUGUUCUGAAUUGUAACUAAAAUUGGUUACAUUUUUUUGUCUAUGGCUUAUAGAAAUUGUAAGCUUACAUUUUUGAAACUUUGAGAAAAACAUUCACACAAUAAACACUGUAUAUGGUUUUUAAAGCAUGUUACUGGGUUUUCUAGAAAUAAUUACAUAUUGAGUGAAAGUAUUAUUGUUUUACAGACCAAUAAACUUCUGUUCAUUUGAAAAUG